GGACAGCUCUAGCAGCGGCUGCUUUCAGGGGAGAAACAAAACCUGGAGGUCCAGGGCGGAGCCGGGUGACUGCCCCUACAAGUGGGUGAGCUUUCCUGACCUCGGGUCAGCUCCGCGGUGGUCGCGGCCAGCAUCUGUGCCGGCUCCCGGCGGGGUCGCGGAGCGCCGGCUGGACCCGCCCCGAGCUCCAUGGUUUGCCCAGCCCUGCGCGAUGGUGACUCUGGGCGCGGAGGUUGGCGCGUGGCGAGCCCGCAGCUCGCAGAAUGAAGGCGGGGAGCGCGGCUGGUGGCCGGCGGGGGCUGGCUCCGCGACCCCAGCGCCGCGAGAAGCAGCCCAACCACCUGAGCCCGGAAAACGCCAACAAGUAGUUUUUCAUUGGAGAAGGGCGGCUCGGCUGGGUGUCAGGACUCAGUCCGGCUGCCCGGAGAACCUCGUCCACUCGGAAACCAAAGCAGAAGCACUUUUCUGUCGGUCUCGUUAAGUCAUGUCUGAGCCACAGAGAUGGGCAAGAUCGAGAACAACGAGAGGGUGAUCCUCAAUGUCGGGGGCACCCGGCACGAAACCUACCGCAGCACCCUCAAGACCCUGCCUGGGACGCGCCUGGCCCUUCUCGCCGCCUCCGAUCCCCAGGGCGACUGCCUGACGGCGGCUGGCGACAAGCUGCAGCCGUCGCCCCCUUCGCUCUCGCCGCCGCCGCGACCGCCCCCACUGUCCCCCGGGCCGGGCGGCUGCUUUGAGGGCGGCGCGGGCAACUGCAGUCCCCGGGGCAUCGGCGGCGACCACCCUGGGGGCGGCCGCGAGUUCUUCUUCGACCGGCACCCCGGCGUCUUCGCCUAUGUGCUCAACUACUACCGCACCGGCAAGCUGCACUGCCCCGCCGACGUGUGCGGGCCGCUCUUCGAGGAGGAGCUGGCCUUCUGGGGCAUCGACGAGACGGACGUGGAGCCCUGCUGCUGGAUGACCUACCGGCAACACCGUGACGCCGAGGAGGCGCUCGACAUCUUCGAGACCCCCGACCUCAUCGGCGGCGACCCUGGCGACGACGAGGACCUGGCGGCCAAGAGGUUGGGCAUCGAGGACGCGGCGGGCCUGGGGGGCCCCGACGGCAAGUCUGGCCGCUGGAGGAGGCUGCAGCCCCGCAUGUGGGCCCUCUUCGAGGACCCCUACUCGUCCAGAGCCGCCAGGUUUAUUGCUUUUGCUUCUUUAUUCUUCAUCCUGGUUUCAAUCACAACCUUUUGCCUGGAGACACAUGAAGCUUUCAAUAUUGUUAAAAACAAGACAGAACCAGUCAUCAAUGGCACAAGUGUUGUUCUGCAAUAUGAAAUCGAAACGGAUCCUGCCUUGACGUAUGUAGAAGGAGUGUGUGUGGUGUGGUUUACUUUUGAAUUUCUAGUCCGUAUCAUUUUUUCCCCUAAUAAACUUGAAUUCAUCAAAAAUCUCUUGAAUAUCAUUGACUUUGUGGCCAUCCUACCCUUCUACUUAGAGGUGGGACUCAGUGGGCUGUCAUCCAAAGCUGCUAAAGAUGUCCUUGGCUUCCUCAGGGUGGUAAGAUUUGUGAGGAUCCUGAGAAUCUUCAAGCUCACCCGCCAUUUUGUAGGUCUGAGGGUGCUUGGACACACACUUCGAGCUAGUACUAAUGAAUUUUUGCUGCUGAUAAUCUUCCUGGCUCUAGGAGUUUUGAUAUUUGCUACUAUGAUCUACUAUGCCGAGAGAGUAGGAGCUCAACCUAACGACCCUUCAGCUAGUGAGCACACGCAGUUUAAAAACAUUCCAAUUGGCUUCUGGUGGGCUGUAGUGACCAUGACUACCUUGGGCUAUGGGGAUAUGUACCCCCAAACAUGGUCAGGGAUGCUGGUGGGAGCCCUAUGUGCUCUGGCUGGAGUGCUGACAAUAGCCAUGCCAGUGCCUGUCAUUGUCAACAACUUUGGAAUGUACUACUCCUUGGCAAUGGCGAAGCAGAAACUUCCAAGAAAAAGAAAGAAGCACAUCCCUCCUGCCCCUCAGGCAAGCUCACCUACUUUUUGCAAGACAGAAUUAAAUAUGGCCUGCAAUAGCACACAGGGUGACGCGUGUCUGGGCAAAGACAAUCGGCUUCUGGAACAUAACAGAUCAGUUUUAUCUCUGCCACAUGGGGCCAUGCAUCUCAACCUAUUUCACAAGAAGCAGUUAUUUAAAAAGAAUGGAUGCUUAUAUUUCAAUAGACUGAACACCAAAAAGAUAACUGCAAAGAGGUUGUCAUUACUGGUUACACGCAAGCUGAGGCCAGAUCUCUUACUUAAUGGCUUGGGGAAGGCACAAAACAUGAGAGAAAGUGUUGUACAGAAUUUGUCAUGGAUUUUUGACCGCUGAAAAAGGGACAAUGGAAUUUAGCCAUACCAAGGACUGUACUGGAAACAGACUUCUGCUGCUGAAUGUGCCCUGAUGUGACCAGGUAGCACUUGGAAGAGGUCCCUGCGUCUCCGCAAGGCAUCUAAAGCUUAGAAAAGAACUGUGGCUGGAACUCAUUUGGUGCUCCCCACAUGAGUCGUCUGCUGUGGACUGGCCAGGAGCCGUGAAACAAUUGUAAAUACCAACAUGUGUGCAUGGGUCAACAGCUUCAGCCAUCUCACACCCAAGGAAGCCAAGUCCAUGACCAACAUGGAGCUUCUGAGUAAGGCCCAUACCUCCGUGAAUUGCCCCUCUUGCGCCUGCAGUAGAUCGUGCUGUGAAUCAUACGAGGCAGUGAUAUCGGUGUAGUAUAGAUGUGUGGUAAUUUCCCUUACUUCUUCUUUGUUGUUUGAAUCCAUGAACAUUGACUCUCUCUUUUUUUUUUUUUUUUUAUAAACCACUUACGUGGUUGUCUUUGUUGUGAAAUUUUCAGUGCCUAUUUAUCAAAACUAACCUAUUUUUUUGUCACCUGUAUGUUUAGAUCUGGAAAAUCAUUAUGACUUUAAAAAAAACUCACCAACGUUAUUCAUGGUUUAAGUCCUUUGUCAUUGUUACCUCAAUUAUAAAUAUUACAGAAAAUAAAAUUCUGGCGAUGAGAGUAUUUUUUUAUUAAAUGAUCGAGGAGUAAUGUCAGUAUAUAGUAGAGUAUUAAUCAAAUUAUAUCCUAAAAUGUAUAUUUUGCAUAAAAGAGAUAUUCUUCAAUCAAUUACUUUUUUGUGAGUUUUGUGGCAAACAAAGCUUGAACUUGUCUUUAAAAUUGUUGUAGUUGAAACUGUGUUAAGAAUUCUUCAUCUUGCUUAAUCAAUAUUUCCAGAAUUGAUUAGUUCCCCUGGGAUUCUGAAUAUAACAUAUAACCUAAUUAUGAACCCCUGUAUUGUGGAACUUUUGUGAACAUUUCAAGGUGCAUGCACAACCUUGGCGAUAACAGAUGAAUAUGUAACUAACUGAAAUGAAGAAUAAAAGGCAAAUAAGCUGGGGAUAAACUUGAAUCCUAUCUGAUUAAAUUAUUCAUAUUCUUU